AUGCCCGCCGCAGUAGCAACCCCGAAGAAUCACGACCGCCGGCCGGCGAAGAAGCCCAAGUUGGCGCAAUCAUCUGCGACAGUCCGUCAGAAUGGCCUCAAAGCAUUAGUGAAUGGAAAUGCGGCAAAGCCCACGGCAAAGACAAGUGGCUCAAAGAACGCGCGAGCAGACAGAGUCGACGACGCCACUGCUGUUGUCGAAGGCCCGGCCGAUGCGCACAUGCUGGAUGCAGACGUCAUUGAGAUCAGCAGCGCCGAGGAAGAGAAUGAAGACGAUUCAGAGAGUGAGCAGGAGGAUCCCACACCAAACGGCGCCGCCGCCGAUGACGACAAUGCCGCGGAGCCGGAAGAGCUUACAUUCGGAGACCGGCUGCGCGCAGAGGGCCCUGAGCCUGUUCAAGAAUCACGAAUCAUCAGCGUAGAAGAUGCAUUUGACCCCAACCCCGAGCGCACAGUAACGACGACCAAGAAUCGCCCUCUUGCACCGCCGAACGCAAACUCUCUCGGCACUGUCCUUACCCAAGCCCUGCGCACCAACGACAAGGAGCUUCUCGAUUCAUGUCUCCAGGUUGUGGAUGUAGAGUCAGUAUACGCUACUGUAGAGCGGUUGCCAUCGCCAUUGGUUGGCACAUUGUUGCAGAGGUUGGCUGAGCGACUUCACCGAAGCCCUGGCCGGGCAGGCAUGUUGAUGGCUUGGGUACAAUGGAGUCUUGCUGCCCACGGUGGAUACCUCGCUUCCCAACCACAAAUCGUCAAGCAGCUCACCGCACUUAACAAAGUUUUGAAAGAGCGCUCGAGCGGUCUCAUGCCGCUCAUGUCGUUGAAAGGUCGCCUGGAUAUGCUCCAAGCUCAACUUGAUCUGAGGAAACGGAACCAAGCCGCCAACGACGAUGCCGACGAAGCGCUAGUCUACGUCGAGGGUCAGGACGACUACGUCUCCGAUGAUGAGUCUGUCGAUGGUGCCACUGCGACCCCGAAACGAUCGCGCGCGGAGAUGGACGAUGAAGAUGAAAGCUCUUCAGACGACAUGGGCCUGAACAUAGAGAUGGAAGACGUUUCUGAUGAAGGCAGCGAAGGUUCUGACGAGGACCUUAUCGACGACGAGGCGGAAGAGACGGACGAUGACGAGGGCGAGGAUAUGUCGGAACCCAUGAGCGACGACCUGGAAGAUGGCGACUCCGAGAGCGGAGACGAAUCGAAACCGGAGCGACGGUCAACUGCCGCACGGGCAGGACUUAAGAGCCGGCGCUGA